CUGGUGUGUGUGGGUUUGGCUGUGCGCGUAUCCUCUCAUGGGGGUAGCCACUCAGUUCAGCUCUGGACAGAGGAGACUGGCGAUUUGGAUCCGCCGUAGUGUUGUUCUGGCCGUCUUGGGCGAGGAGGUUCCGGCCAUCGGUGCUGCUUUCCCCGGCUGCUUCUUGGGCGGAGGAGGUUCUGGCCGUCGGUGCUGCUUUCCCCGGCUGCUUCUUGGGCGGAGGAGGUUCCGGCCGUCGGUGCUGCUUUCCCCGGCUGCUUCUUGGGCGGAGGAGGUUCCGGCCGUCGGUGCUGCUUUCCCCGGUUGCUUCUUGGGCGGAGGAGGGAGCUUGGUCCAUCUGUUCACCCAGCCGCCUGGAUUCAUAGGGGACAUGUCCACGAUUCAACGCCCACCCGACGUUGUCACCAAGCAGGGUGAUCUGCAUUGGUUUUAGACAUCAAUCUAUAUAGCCCCGGUCUUCCAAUCUAUGGUUGAGCUUUAUCUUCUGCUGGUAUGCGGCGACAUCAAGCAGAGUCAUCAUUGACAAAUGGAUCUGUUUAAGAUUGUUUGAUGUCAGGUAUGGACUUCAAUCAUAUAGUAAAAAGGCAAUAGGAGAGACACAUGAAACACAAUUUGGCCCUAAAGCAUAUGCUAACAAUGGGGUGUUACUGAUAA